CGAGAAAGAUGAUAUUCCCACAAUCUGGGAAUGGCGACGACGGUCGGGAUACAGUCCGACGCACGGCAUGGCACGGCGGCGACGACGAUGAUGAAGGCGUACAUCCGCGGGGAUGAACUGCAAACGAUGAUGCCGCCGGCGCUGACGACGACGACGACGAUGACGAUGAUGAUGAUGAUGAUGAUGAUGAUGAUGAUGAUGAUGAUGAUGAUGAUGAUGAUAAUGACGAUGAUGAUGAUGAUGAUGAUGAUGAUAAUGCUAUGUGCCAAUACGGCUGAGGCGGGUCCGUCUGCGGGGAAGAGGAAGGAGAGAGAGGAGGGGGCGCGGCCGACGACAUCAGCCGCAACACAGAAGAGGCUGAGGCAGAACACGAUCACGGAGUCAUUCUCUUCAAAGUGGCAGAUGAAGUUCAAGAAGAAGUGGCUGCUGUUUGUGUACAGUCAGCGCCUGGCGUUCAACGUCUUCCGGAGCGAGCCGUGGUUGGACGUCGUCCGACACUUCAGGGAUUUGCCGGGGCCAGUGAAGGUGUUGUGGCCUUCAGAGAAUGAGAUUGCGGACAUAGAGACCAUUGUCCAGACGGCGGACGAUGUGGGAGCUGAUCUCGCGGAGGUCAGGGCUCCUUUCUAUGUCACGUGGGCCACCAUCAUGUCAGACGGAAGGAAGUCACGCGAUGCUAGACCCAUCGUUAACUUCCUUGUCGGCGGGUCGCGUGGGGUGAUGCUUGUCCGGACGAUGAACAGGGAGGGUGAGCGGGAUCGCGCGCCUGAUGUGUUGGCGCACUGGAUCAAGGUGUUCGAUGACUUUCCCCCUAAGUGGGUGAACGCCAUCUCCACCGACUCCGCCUCGGCGUACGUCGCCGCGGCGAACAUGCUCCAGGGGCCUGAGGUCAGCAUUGGAGAGGACGGUGUGGCGAGCCGCGACUACGAGACCGCAUGUGUGCAGUUGCGCGACUUCCACACACGGAGGGGGACGAUUGCUUGGGGGGGGAGAGACGGAGACAGAGAUGCACAGAGGUGCAUGGGCAACGCGGAGACGUACGAGUCCGGGUGUUGGUGGUCGAGGUACGGGCAGUGCGCCCCGCAGUUGCAGGUUAUCGCUCUUCGUGUGAUGUACAUGUGGACGUGCUCCUCUCCUGCGGAGAGGAAUUGGGCCUUCCACGAGGGUGUACAGACGAAGAAGCGUAACCGGCUUGAGUUCGAGAAGGUCGCGAAGUUGGUUGAGAUCUCAGCCAACGUUCGCCUUCUCUCUCAUCAGCGGGCAGGCCGCGGGUUCGCGCUGCCGUGGACUCUAGAUAAGUCAUUGUUGGACGUAGAGGGAGGUAUCGGGAUUCGCCCCCCGUGGAAGGGGACGGACGAGAGCAGGACGCGGGAGGAGUUCGAGGAGCAGAGACGUUUAUGGCAGCGAGACCCAUCCGCCACAUUGCACCCGUACCCUCGAGACGACAGUGAUUCCGAGGGUGACGAGGACGAGGAUGAGCCGGCGGGCCCCGCUGCCGCCACUCCUGCGGCGGAUGAGCGUGAUGAGUGGAGCGACCCAGAGGACGUCCGUACACGGAGUGGCGUAGAUGACCUGUUCGUUCCAGUUGAUUUGGAGGAGGAGUCUGGGGGUCGUCAUGGGAGCCCUGUAGAGCGUCCGAGGCCUACAUCCACUGGCCCACUUCCUGCUGAGCGGGAGAGAGAUCCUGGGUCUGCACCUUCGAGGGGGGCAGAGUCGGGAAUUGGCCAUCGUCCUCUGGGUCGCUCUGGCACGGUAUCAUCCACCGCUCUUCCCACUUCGACAAAGGAGCUUCAUCGACAGCCAGCCGGUGUAGAUCGAUUGCAGAGAUUGGUGAGGGGCCCGAGACAGCGAUUGGAGGACAGAUUAGAGGGCGGUCCUUCACCGGUGCAGAGGGACGACGGAGAUAGACAGGGGUUGGUUGGUGGAGAUGGUGGUGCGUUGGCCAGAGGUGGAGGCGGUGCCGAGGUUGCUGUGGCGUUUGAGGGGAUACCGAUGGGCGGCGGAGGCGGUUUCAGUGAGUUUGGUGACAUGGGUAUGCCCCCGGGAGAGAGCGUGGGUCUGGACCGAGGAGAGAGCGAGUCCCGUGGGGACAUUAGUGUGGGUAUGCAGGACUUACUGGGACAGAUCAACUUCGCGGACCCGAGUAGUUUCUCCCCUGCCAUGCGCGCAGAGGUGAUGUUGGGUGCAGAGGGGGAUGAGGACCGUACACCCCCUAGAGAGACAUCUGAGGAGAGGCCGGAUAGGCUUGAUAGUCGUCGAGCUGCCCUCAUGGCACAGAGGGACCCCGGGACGCAGGAGCUUGCCCAUCUUGCGGUCGAGGACCGACGGAGGCAGCUGGCGACAUUUACGUCGGCGUCCGUUGACGUGGGGCCAGCUGCCCACACGGAUCCUCCGGCAGAGGUUCACGACACCACGCAGCGGGAGGCGGCUUCGACAGAGGUAUCGAGUACGGGAGUAGAUGUUCAGCAGGGGACGUACGAGAGCGGGUUGGCACCGACAGAGGAGCCACGUUCAGAGUCGGCGCAGCCUCCUGCCAUGUCCCCGGGUGUGGAGGACAUACAGUCGGGGCAGUCAGCGGGCGUUGAUGAUAUUCGCCCAUCGGCACAGGCGGAGGGGAUAGCGCCGACCACCGGGGGGGACGGGGCCGUAGUGGGGGCCGUUGGUGUUGGCGGGUCGGGGGUGCCGUCCGCGACCGAUCCGAUGUCCACGUCUGGCGGGGGGGACCUCGCACAGGUGGACAGGCGUGACGCAGACGGACAGGAGAUGCCACAGACUUUGGUGGUUCGCAAUGCUGUGGGGCCAGUGGUGCCGCAUCAGGCACCGUUUUUGGAGGGUUAUAGGCGUCGUGCACAUGGCGGGGGCCCGAUCGAGGAGCGACGUGUAGGCAGGGGCGCGUGCAUACCCCCGGUCCCUACUUUUGCACCGUCACGGACGAGGCCGGAGAUUAGGCAUGUGGCUACGCCUCGGGGCAGCCUCCCUUUUGGUUUUAUGACCGCUGAGGAGUUGGAGGACCACGACAGGAGGGAUUUGACGGAGAUCGACCAGCGCAUUUUGAGUGAUAAUGAUGAUGAUGAUGAUGGUGAUGAUGGUGAUGAUGGUGAUGAUGAUGGUGAUGAUGAUGAUGAUGAUGAUGAUAAUGACGAUGAUGAUGAUGACGGUGCUGAUGGUGAUGAUGUGAUGAUGAUGAUGAUGAUGAAGACGAUGAUGAUGAUAAUGACGAACACCACGAUGAUGAUGAUGAUGAUGAUGAUGAUGGUCAUCGCGAGAACGAUGGUGAAGCUAACUGCCAUGAUCACGACGAUGAUGACGACGAUGAUGACGCGGCAGUCGAUCCAUGAUGGUGUCGUUCACGUGGCGACGAUACCGAAACUCGCAGAGGCCGUGCUCUCGCCCGCCAUCACUUUGCGCGCAUGACCUUUGUUCUCCAACUAGUUUUUCUUGCGAGUGCGACAGUGGUCGCCGGUGUGAAUGUGCUCGGCAAGGUGGCCCGAAUCGUGUCAUUGUUAAGUCAGUUUCUGGUAAAAAAAAUAUUUUAAGUUUUUUUCCCUAUUGUUUUCAGGAUAGCUCGAACGGUACAUAUUGGGGAAAGUACGAACGGGGGAACGUCCUUACUCGCAGGCAUGUUAGUUUCUGUGUUUUCGGAUUUCGCAGCGAAGGGUCGAUCUCUUGACGUUGUUUUGCGAUGAGUUUGCAAAGCCUGUAAUCGCCAAGCCACAUUAAACAAUUUUGUCAUCUCUGGUGUGGGACAUAAUUGUGAUGCGUCAUAUUGGUUUUGCUUUUGUGUUAAACUUUUUGUCGUCACUUGAUGUGAAUGCAUGCCAAGAUUUCAUAUAUGAACGUCACACACUGGAUGAGCAAAAUAUUUGAAAUGUUUUGCAUCUAUGCACACCCACAUAGCAAGGCAAAAAGAAUGAAAUGAGGAUGUCUUUCGCCAUAGAUCACUUUUCAAAAUGAACAACAAAAAGGCCAUUUCGCU